AGCCCUGAGGAAGACACUGGGUGCCCACGCAGGAGGCUGGACAAGGCGCUUUCCAGGGAGGAGCCAGGGUCGAUCACGCGUGGCCUCUUCCCAUCUCCGAUGUUCUGGAAAGAGGCAGGUGCAGGAUCAAGUGCUGGGGAGGCCUUCCUUGAACUUGGGCUCAUUCCCAGAGUCCAGGAGCAGCAAGGGUGAGCAGCUUCCCUCCAAGGCUGCAUGGAUUGGAGUGGGGGACCCCCUUGCUUGCCAAGGCUGUCACACCUACGCCUCCCGGGCAGAAGCUUCCUCCUAAAAACGCUCUUCCUCCUCCUGUUCUGUAGAUACGUGCAAACCCGCUGCAGGAUCCUGCGCUGCAACUCAGAGUAUGUGGCCUCUACACUCCCCCUGCGGGCUCCUGGUAGGAGGGCAGCCCACUGCCUGGCCCUGCGCGCCUAUGCCCGCUGCACCCGCCACACAGCCCGCACCUGCCGCGGGGACCUGGCCUUCCACCUGGCUGUCCACGGCAUUGAGGACCUCAUGGCCCAGCACAACUGCUCCAAGGAGGGGCCCAGCCCAGCACCCCGCCCUCCCCGUCCACCGGGGUCCGGGUCCCCAGACCUCUGCAACUAUGAGAAGGCCUUUGCCCAUAAGCGUGGCCGGCCCCCUACCUACCAGCACUGCGCUUCCUUCGGGGACCCACACAUCCGUACCUUUGGGGAUGACUUCCACACCUGCCGCACGGAGGGCUCCUGGCCGCUGCUGGACAACCACUACCUGUUUGCCCAAGCCACCAACUCCCCCGUGGCCAAAGGAUCGAAUGCCACAGCCACGAGCAAGAUCACUAUCAUCUUCAAGAACAUGAAGGAGUGCAUUGACCAGAAAGUCUACCAGGCCGAGGCAGACAAUCUCCCAGCAGCUUUUGUGGAUGGCUCGGUGAAUGGGGGGGAGCGGCCUGGCGGGGACAGCCUCAGCAUCCUUGAACGGGCUCCCGGGCAGCACGUGGAGAUCCGGGCAGCCUACAUCGGCACCACCAUUGCGGUGCGCCGGGCAGGAAGACAGCUGUCCUUUUCCAUCCGUGUGGCCGAGGAGGUGGCUGGCUCCUUCACCGAGGAGCAGGACCUGCAGCUGUGUGUGGGCGGAUGCCCUCCCAGCCAGCGCAUCUCCCGGCACGACGGCUGCUGCGGCCAUGGCACCGUCGCCGCUGAGAAAGCCCGCCGGCUGUGCAAGGAGAAGCUGCCAGUGGAGGACGUCUACUUCCACUCAUGUGUCUUCGAUGUGGUGGCCUCAGGGGACAGCAACUUCACCCUUGCAGCUCGUGGUGCCUUGGAGGAUGCCAGGCUCUUCCAUCCAGAUGCCAAGAAGCUUCACCUCUUCCAGCGUGAUGCUGUCCGCCAGGCCGCCACCAGCUCCUUCCUCUGCCUCAUCCUGGCCGUGAUUCUGGUGCUUGCUUGGGAGAUCUAAAUUCUGCCAACGUUGGCAGCAUCCAGAGUGUCUUCCUCCUGACGUGCCAGAUACCAAGGCGGAGGGGGGGCUCCCCGAGGGUCACAGAGACCAGGGCCAGCCUGGCAGCCUCACUGGACAGAGCCUGAACCUGCCGCUCAGAGCAGUCCCGCCAGGCAAUUUCUGCAGCAGCUGAGGCUGCUGGGCGGCCGGUCAUAUCCGUGGGUUUUUUUUUUUUUUUUUUUAAGGAAAUGCUUCAUAUAUGAAGUGGGAGACUUUGAAGGGCUUGAGGCAGCCUCUCUUGUAUGCUGUAGGUUUCUCCCUGGAGGCAGUGAGAGGAAGCCUGGAGAGGCGGACCUUUCCCCCCCCCAAAUCCUGGGGGGGGAGCGGGGAGGGGGCAGCAUCGGGAAAACAGGUCCAGCUUCAGGCCAUUUUCAAAUCUUUGCUCUUUAAGGCAUCUAAUGCAGUGUAUCUUGGUUCUUCUUCGACCGAGUCAGUUCCUCCACCUUCUCAAGGGGGUGUGAAUCCUCUAUUUGCGGAGCCUGCCAAGCCGGUGGAUUCCAUUCCGGAACCACCUCUGUUCCUCGACAUAGUCAAGAAGCAACGGUCCUCUCCCGGGUUGGCUCCAAUUCCAUCUUCAGCCAACAAGACACUUUUUUUAACGUGGCGCCGGAAUUUGCAGCACUCCUCCAGGUGCCGAAUCUGGACGCCCCAGUCACCGCCCUGCUGGUGCCAAAUGCCACCAUUCCUGGGGGAUCCGGAUGAGGGGCUGCACCCUGAGGAGCGUAGGUCAGGUCAGGUCCUUCAAAGAGCACACCAAGGGGCGGCCUGGGUGAUUUGCCCUGCAACCACAGCAUCGUUUUUUUAACAGGGCUACAUUAUUGUGGUUAUGCCAGUUGCAGGAUAACUUGUCACCGGUG